UAAUGCACAUUUUUUGGCGUUUUUGUUUCUUGUCAAACCAUGGCCAGAGUUAUUGCGGCUUCAGCGUGCGGAGCUGUGGUUGCUUUGGGCCUACAAAAGCUGCUGAGAGGUAAAACCGAGGCACGAAGAGUGUCCGCUCCAGUGGAGACGAAACUCAUUGAUGGAAAGGCCAUUGCUGCCGAGGUUCGGUCGGAGAUCAAGAAGAGCACAGCUGAGCUGAGAGCUGAGCACAAUGUCACUCCGGGCUUGGCAGUGAUUUUGGUCGGGUCAAGGAAGGACUCCCAGUCUUACGUCCGGAACAAGAAGAAGGCGGCGGAGGAGGUUGGUUUUCAUACCGUUGACAUUGUUCUCCCAGAGACCGUCUCCCAGGAGGAUUUGCUGUUUGAGCUAGAGAAGCUGAAUAGCGAUCUCAAGGUGCACGCGAUCCUUGUGCAGCUCCCCUUGCCAAAACACAUCGAUGAGGCAUUUGUCCUCAGCAAGAUCCGGGUGGACAAGGAUGCAGAUGGCUUCUCAGCAGAGAAUGUGGGGAACCUUUGCAUGAAAGGUGGGUUUCCACCGCUGGCAGUUCCUUGCACUCCAGCAGGGUGCGUUGAGCUACUGCAGCGGAGUGGCGUCGAGGUGUCAGGCAAGAAUGCAGUUGUGGUGGGCAGGUCGAAUAUUGUGGGGAUGCCAGUGUCGCAGAUCUUGCAAUCUAUGGAUGCUACCGUGACCGUUUGCCACUCUCGCACACAAGACAUGGUUUCCUACCUCCGCAAUGCUGACGUCGUCAUUGCGGCAGUCGGCAAGGCUGAGUAUGUCCGCGGUGAUUGGCUAAAGCCAGGGUGUGUGGUGAUCGAUGUGGGUAUCAAUGCAGUUGACGAUGCCAGCAAAAAGCUUGGGUACCGCUUGGUAGGUGAUGUGAACUUUGCCGAGGCGCAAGGUGUCACUCAGAAGACCUGGCAAUGCUGUGAGUCUGAGGUUGAAUCUCCGCCAGUUCCAAUUUUUGCGACGAAAUCGUUAAAUAGUCACUGUUCGCUGCUCAGAAAAGCUGUUUGCGGAUUUAGCCAAGGUUGCCGCCCAAAUUACCCCUGUGCCUGGUGGUGUGGGCCCUAUGACCAUUGCCAUGCUUCUGAAGAACACUUUGAACUUGGCACGGCGCAGCUUGCAACUGCCACGCAUUCCACUGCGCCGUUCCACAUCUCCAGCAGCGCCUGGAGCGGUGUCAGCGCAGGGUAUCCAGCUACCAAAAGAGCAUUUGGCUGUGGUCAUUUGCUGCAAGGAUGCAGAUACCAUUUGGAAGGCCGCAGAGCUGGCUAAACCGGUUCGGAGCAGGGUGCAGGA